CCUCAUCUUAUAACCAAAGUCCAAGUCAUUCAUUAGAGAGUAACCCACUAACUGUGCUUAGAAACAAUAUGAAAGCAAGAUAUAUAUGUUGUAUGUCUUUUGCCUUAGUGAGUUUCAUAUAUUGCCUUUGUCGUCCGGGUUUGUGUGUUGGAAUUUUUGGUUUCUGUUUCUGGGAUUGCGAGUGAAGAUCUCAAGUUUCUCUCCUAUUCUCAAUUUGAUUCAUGAUUGAAUAUCUAUGAUUAGAUAACUGUCAUUGCAUAAUUUCGUAUCUAAUUUGGAUCGCCUAGCUACUUUUGGACUCAAUCUUUACUAUAUUAAACUACCGUAUCAGCCUAAAUCUGUUUGACUUAUUGCCUACCCCAUGUCGAUUUCCCAUCUCUGUUUGUUGCCUACAAUUAGGUUCAUUUGUUUCCCAUAUCUGUUUGUUGCCUACAAUCAUGUUCAUCUCUGUUUGUAUCUAGAAUGAUUGUCGAUUGGACAUGUUCUAAUUGUUGCAUAGCUUAUUGGGAUGGCCUACCUUUUUAAUGCCUCAUUUUACCUUUGUCGAUCUCAAUGUUUCCUCAGAUUAGAAUACUUGGAUUUUCCUACAUUGAAAGUUACAUAAAUUCUGUAUAUAUUACAUGAUUUGGUGUUGUGCAUUGACAGUCUAUGCAUUAGAUGGUUAUUAACUGAUUGUAUCCCUCUAUACUGAGUUUAGUAUAUGCGAAAUGUCUUCAAAAGGCAAAGAUAAAAUUGUAGAAGCUGCAAGUGAGAAGUUUAAGUGGGAUACAAACAACACAAAAAUAUUUCUAGAGGUCUUGACUGUAUGGAAGAAGAAAAACAUUGGGGUAGUUAAGUGGGAUAAAAUUUCUAAAGAAUUCAAAAAGGUUAUUGAAAUCUCCUCCUCGCCAGUGAAAUUGAAAUCCAAACACGACAACAUGAAACAGAAUUGACAGUUGUUCAAUAGACUUAAGAGUUCAGAAACUAGAUUGGGUUUUAACUCUGCGAUUGGAUUGAUAGAGACAAGUGAUGACUGGUGGGCUGCGAGGAUUCAGGAGAACAUAAACUUCAAGACGUUUAAGACAAUUGGACUUCCACUCUUUGAGGAGAUGGACAAGUUAUGGGGUGGAAACUCCGCUACUGGUGAUGAGGUUAUUUCACAAUCCGUAGGAGAUAAUAACUGCUGCCACACUCCACAAUCAGUGACACAUGUAGAUAUGGACAUCCUUGGCGAUGACCUAUCCAUUGGAUUUUCUCCUAACAAUGUGAUAACACCAUUGCAAGAAGCUAGUUCCACAGGCCAUGCUGCUGGUUCCACCAGGCAGACUUCUUUUUCAACCAGUAAAGGCUGUAGGAGGAAGAACAACUCAACUACUGACAUCACCCCACCUGAGGUUCAGAAUCUCUGUAUUGGAUUGAAGAUAACCAGUGCUGAGCAGUGGUCUUACUAUGUUUCCAAGAAGACCACUAGUGAUGAAAAACGUGCGUAUUUUGCAUCGAAGAAGGUGUACUACGAGAAUAUGACUGUUGAACUUGAUAUUAUGAUUAAUGUGUGUAAGCUUUGGUUAAGAUGAACAUCUCAGAUAGUUACCCCCACAUUUACUACUACGUAAUUGAGUUGUUCGCGUCACGCGUGAAGCGGAGUUUGUUUCUUGCUAUUCCUCAUCACUCCCGGUUUGGUUACAUAGAGAGGCUUUACAACAAGAGCAAUGAAUUUGGACCGAGUGGUUAGUGUUAAAUUUACUUUGU